GCGAGGGCGGCGGCGGCGGUGGCCGCCGAGAGGGGCGGCGGGGCCGCAGUCGGCGCCCCGGCCGCAGUCACGGUGUCCCUCCCUCACUGACUCCCCCUCCCACCACGGCCGCGCCGCCCUACAGCAGGCGGCUUCUUAGGCGGGCAGCGGACGGGGCGCGAUCCUCCCGUUGCCCCGGCCUGAUAAAUGAGGGACUUCGGGUUUGGGGUGCUGCAGACCGCCCCGCUCCGCAGCAGCAGCCCCGGGUCCCUAUUCGGCGGCGGGACGUACCGUCCUCACGCCGCGCGGCCCGCCGCGGCCGCCGCCCCGCUGCCCGCCGCCACGCCCUUCGGCCCGCUCUCGCCGCCGCCGUUGCCUGUCACCGGGUUCUCGGAGGCCGCCUCCCCCUUCCCCGUCCCCCUCGGCUGCGGCGGCGCGGGCAGCGCGGCCGCCGCCGCUUCCUCUUCCUCCGCGUUCCCGGCGCGGCAGCAGACCAUGCAGGAUGAGCUGCUGCUGGGGCUGACACAGCAGCCGGCGCGGCCGCGCUCGGGGGCGGCGGCCGCGGAGAAACUCCCCAACCACCACCCCGGCGGCGGCACGAACGCGGGUGUGACCCACCUCCUCCCCUCCCAGGACUUCAAACCGAGUCUGCACCACCCCUCCUCCUCCUCCGCCUCCUCCUGCUGUUGCUGCCGCACCUCCUCCCCGCAGGACUUCAGUAAGCGGCAGCAGCAGCAGCUGAGCAGCCAGAAGAGGAAAGAGUUCAGCCCUCCCCGCCUUCCCCACCCUGCGGACUCGAAGCCGCCGCCGCUCCACCGCCCCGGCCGGUUCAGCCCGCCGCCGCCCGGCCCGCCCCUCCAGCCGGCGCCGCUCGCCCAGCGCCAGCAGCCGCAGCAGCAGUUCAGCCUCCCGCACCCGCAGCACCUCCCGCCGCAGGACUUCGCCCCGCGGCAGCGCCCGGCCGACCUGCCCCCGCUCCCGCAGCUCCAGCCUUCGCCGCCCGCAGCCCCGCGGCGCCGCCACGGAGGCGCGGGCAGCCCGCGCAGGACCUCGGCCGCGGGCGAGGGCAGCGCCGCCGAGCCCCCCAAUGCGGGCUUGGCCCCCUCGACGCCGCCGGUGAACCCCGCGCCGGGCUCCAUGGAGUCGCCCAACCACCCCCUGCUCAACAGUCCCAGUCCCCUCCUGCCCGGCGGGGCGCUCGGCACCGGCGCCUUCAGCAGCCUGCAGAGCCCGGACCUUCCGCACCCGGGCGGCGGGGGCGGGGGGCCCCCCGGAGGCGGAGGAGGAGGCGGCUCCGCGUCGCCGCCGCCGCUGCCCGGCUUCGGCACCCCCUGGUCGGUGCAGACCGCGUCGCCGCCGCCCCAGCCGCAGCCGCCGCCGCCGCCCCAGCCCCAGCAGCCGCCGCCGCCGCCCCAGCAGCCGCCGCCGCCCCAGCCGCCGCAGCCCGGCUCGUCCGCCGCCGGCCCGGGUGGCGGCAGCGGCGGCGGCGGCUCGCUCAGCGCCAUGCCGCCGCCCAGCCCCGACUCGGAGAACGGCUUCUACCCCGGGCUGCCGUCGUCCAUGAACCCGGCCUUCUUCCCGAGCUUCUCGCCCGUGUCCCCGCACGGCUGCGCGGGGCUCAGCGUGCCGGCCGGCGGCGGCGGCGGCGGCGGCGGCUUCGGCGGCCCCUUCUCGGCGGCCGCGGUGCCCCCGCCGCCGCCGCCCGCCAUGAACGUACCGCAGCAGCAGCCGCCCCCGCCCGCCGCGCCGCAGCAGCCGCCGAGCCGGAGGUCGCCCGUCAGCCCGCAGCUCCCGCAGCAGCACCAGGCGGCGGCGGCCGCCUUCCUGCAGCAGCGGAACUCCUACAACCACCACCAGCCUCUUCUGAAACAAUCUCCUUGGAGCAACCAUCAGAGCAGUGGCUGGGGCACUGGAAGUAUGUCCUGGGGAGCAAUGCAUGGCAGAGAUCAUCGUAGAACUGGAAACAUGGGGAUUCCAGGAACUAUGAAUCAGAUAUCUCCACUGAAAAAACCGUUUUCUGGUAAUGUCAUAGCACCACCGAAAUUUACUCGCUCUACUCCAUCACUGACUCCAAAAUCUUGGAUUGAAGAUAAUGUGUUCAGAACAGACAACAAUAGUAAUACACUCUUACCCUUACAGGUGAGAUCUAGUUUGCAGUUGCCAGCUUGGGGCUCAGAUUCACUCCAAGAUAGUUGGUGCACUGCAGCCGGAACAUCCAGAAUAGACCAGGAUCGAAGUAGAAUGUAUGACAGUUUGAAUAUGCACUCUUUGGAAAAUUCCCUUAUUGAUAUUAUGAGAGCAGAACAUGAUCCUCUUAAGGGUCGGUUGAACUACCCCCAUCCAGGAACUGACAAUCUGUUGAUGUUAAAUGCAAGGAGUUAUGGGAGAAGACGAGGUCGUUCUUCCCUCUUUCCAAUCGAUGAUGGCUUGUUGGAUGAUGGUCAUAAUGAUCAAGUUGGUGUUUUAAAUUCACCUACAUGUUACUCAGCUCAUCAAAAUGGAGAGCGAAUAGAACGCUUCUCUCGAAAGGUUUUUGUGGGUGGUCUUCCUCCAGAUAUUGAUGAAGAUGAAAUAACUGCUAGCUUCAGAAGAUUUGGGCCUUUGGUAGUAGAUUGGCCUCAUAAAGCAGAAAGCAAGUCCUAUUUUCCACCAAAAGGCUAUGCAUUCCUUCUCUUUCAAGAAGAGAGCUCAGUGCAGGCACUGAUAGAUGCUUGUAUUGAAGAAGAUGGGAAGCUCUAUCUGUGUGUCUCCAGCCCGACCAUCAAAGACAAACCGGUUCAGAUCCGUCCUUGGAAUUUAAGUGAUAGUGAUUUUGUGAUGGAUGGUUCUCAGCCUCUGGAUCCCCGAAAAACAAUUUUUGUUGGUGGUGUACCUAGGCCACUAAGGGCUGUGGAACUGGCUAUGAUCAUGGACCGGCUAUAUGGUGGAGUUUGUUAUGCAGGAAUUGAUACGGAUCCUGAGCUAAAAUACCCAAAAGGUGCUGGUCGAGUUGCUUUCUCCAAUCAGCAGAGCUAUAUUGCUGCCAUCAGUGCUCGGUUUGUGCAGCUUCAGCAUGGUGACAUUGAUAAACGUGUGGAGGUAAAGCCAUAUGUGCUAGAUGACCAGAUGUGUGAUGAAUGCCAGGGCGCACGCUGUGGUGGAAAAUUUGCUCCCUUUUUUUGUGCCAAUGUCACUUGCCUGCAGUAUUACUGUGAGUUUUGUUGGGCAAAUAUCCACUCUCGUGCAGGACGUGAGUUCCAUAAGCCAUUGGUAAAGGAAGGUGCCGAUCGGCCACGUCAGAUCCACUUCCGCUGGAACUAAGAAUGGCAAACCUGCCUCUAUUUAACAAGGAAAGAAAGGCUGCAUGUGGCUCACUGUGUCUGAAGAUACUGACAUGCAGAAGAAAUAAGUGCAUUCUUCUGCUUUCACCCAGCUCUCAAUACAUGCAUCUAUCAGCAGCCAAAACACUACAAGCCUCUUGUUUUUCACCAAAACCCUACAUCUCAGGCUUACUAAUUUUUGUGAUAUUUUCAUGUUAAAAUAAAAUGUUUUUUUGUAUUUUCUCCAAGUUAUUUUUAUAUGUAAAGUUAAAAUUAGAUAUGAGAAUGUUUUGCGUAGGGGCAAACAGUCUGCUGCUAUAUAGUGGGUGAAGCGUGCACUUAUUUCUAAACGUGGGUUUUUAACUUCAAGAUCUGCCCCAGUAAUUUACCAAAGGUAGCAAAAUAAUAGUGAAGAUGGAAUAUGUCUGCUACAAAUGCUUAUUUUUAUUGUUGCUAUUUUCAGUGUAUACAUAAACUAAAAUUAGGGUUGAUUUUUUUGCUCUCCAUUUUGACUUGCAAGAAAUAAUACCUCAAGAUAAUCUGAUUUAUUAGCUAUUUUUAAACAUUUUUAAUCACAAGCUGUAUUAGCUUUGCUGCUAUAUAGGUGUUAUGUGUAAAUGCCACCUAUUAAUACGGGAUUGAAAACGUUAGAGACACACUGCAUUGCAGAUAAAAUGCAGGCAGCACAAUAUGGCCUAAACUGCCAUAGUUUUAGAAUGUGAAAAAAAUGCAUGUUUACUUACCUGUAUACACCAUAUGCAUGCACUAGAAUUAUUAACUAACAAGGUGAGGUAUUGCAAAUGUUCAAAAAAAAAGCUCUCUUGAAUCUAGGUAGCAUGAACAAAUUAUAAAAUUUGUUUAAAAAAGCAAACUUUGCAUGCAUUAUUGUGACUUCGAGUUUAAAAAUUGUCCUACAUGUGUACAAUAUGCAAAUUAGUUUUAGAUUAGAGAGUGCAGCCAUUUUGUGAUCUGGUCGGUAGUGGAAUUCGAUUUUAUGCAGACUGGAUGUAAUAUUUGUAAUCUCUGUGCAAUUUUGUGAUGUGCGGUUCUAAUUCAUGUGCAGUGAUAUAGUAUAGAUAAAAAAUUGAAUGAAAGAGAAAUAUUAGAAUUUUAAAGAAAGUUGAUUUUAACCCCUUUGAUAGUUCAUGGUUAAGACAUCCUUUAUAAACCAAAGAUGGCCAGCACACUGCUAACCAGUCACCAAAUGUAAGACCCACAAGAAGCAAAUAUUUAAACAAGUGAACUUUAUAUAAGAAUGCAAAACUUUAGUAAACCUAAAUAAAGUCAAAAUGGAGAUGGGGAAAUAUACAGAUGGCUAGUUGCAUAAAAUUCGAUUUUACCUUAAAGACAAUGGUGAAAUCUGGCUUGAACUUGCUUACUUGUUUGACCUAUGUAUAUUGGGGUCUUCUGUCUAAACUGGGGUCACUGUUGCAUGGAACAUUAUUGUUCUUAACGGUUAGAAAUUGCUUUUUUUUUUUUUUUAAUAUUGAUGAAGGAAUUUUGGUAGUGACUUUGCUUGCAGUUUUUGGGAAAGUGGCAACAUGCACAGUUCAUGCGUCCUCUCGGUACUGAACACUGUUAGAAUUCAUUAGGGAUAUGUUUUCUCUUUAGAGCAUUUUUAAUGCAACCAGCUCCUAUAUUUUAAUGUAAGAGUUACUCUGCAAUCUAAGCAAAGCACCAACAGUGGUAAACGUUUUUUUUUAAAUGCAGAACUAAGAUUCU